UUGUGUGCGGUUUGUCGUAACAGUGUUUGCACAUUUGUGUACCGUAGUCCAAGCGUGGGGGAGAAAUUUCAAAAGUUAAUUUUUCCGUUUUGUGUUUUCAGAAAAAACGAGGCGAGUGAGGUAAGAUUACAACUUCAAUUAUUCAUUUUCAUAGAAUAUAAAAAAUCUUUCCAGGUGCCACCAAGACUCGGUAUGAAACGAUCGCCUGGAUUGUCGAAAUUACGACCACAAGUAACACAAGAUGAAGUAUGUUGAAAACUAAUAUUUUUUAUAAGAAAUAAUAUUUCAGCAAAUUGCGAGUAGUUCAAGAAUGAUUCAUUCGAUUUCGAUGGCAAAUUUUAAUAGAAAAAUAGUUCUUCCACAAGAUGGUUCAACUCCUCAAUCGAAACAACGCUUACAACGAACAAAAACAGCAACCGGUCCAUUAAAAUUAGACUAUUCUUGUGAUACUCCAGUCCGUUCGAAGCCCAGUUCACAUAUAGUUGGAACACCUUUAUCCACAAUUAAAAUGGUUGAAGUGACUCCUCCGAAUAACGAAACACAAUUGAAGAAAUCAUCAAGUGGAACUAUGUUAUUGAGACAAACACCUGAAAGAUUACGUAGACUUGAAGAAGACGGAGAUACACCUAGAAAAUUGAGAAGAGCUGGUUCUGUUCCUAAAAUUGUUGGGUUUGAAAAUCCAAAGAAGUUGGAAUCUUCAGACACUCCAGUUCUCAAAAGAAAAAGAACAAACUCAGCAUCUUUACUUCCUUCAACACCAACUUCAAAAAUAGGAUUAACUAGUCCAACUCAAAGAAGACCCAAAGAAUUAUCGGUUGAACCACGUAGUCCAACAAAGAAACGUUUGAAAAAUGACACACCAAAAACAAGUCCAAGAAAGUAUUUCUCAUUGGCAAAAAUAGAAAUGAAUUUGUUGCCAGAUACUCCAGUUAUAAAUUUGAAGCCAAUUAGUCCAUUGAAACGAAAUAAAUCAAGUAUUAUUAUGGAUUAUUCGAAAAUGGAAGAAAAGAAAAUCAUUGUUCCUGAAGUAACACAUCAACCGAGUUCUUCUGAUACAUUUCAUAGUGCAUUUGGUAUGUUUUUAAAAGUUUUAUUAAAGUUCAGUUUUAGUUUCCAAGUCAGUUUCUUUCAUUAUUGUGAACAUUUUUUGUCUAAUUUUGCGCGGGAAUUAGAUUUUUAAUUUUAAAAUGAGUAAUGUUCGAAAUAUAAAAGUUUUAAAAUUGUUCCCGGAACAAUAAGCACCUAUUAUCUUCUGAAUAUCGAAUUUGGACUCUUGAAAAAUUGUAGAACUUUCAUGAUUUUUUGUAUGACCGGUCGAUUGUUGACCGGAAACGCUUCAUAAAUCGCGAAAAAUUAUUGUUGUGUUUUUUUUCAGAAUAUGUUGUGACGAAAGAAGUUUAUCUGACGCCAAGAACAUCGUUCGAAGAAGGUGAGUAUUUUUUGUCAGCUGGGAAAAGAUUUUAAAAUGAAAACCAGAAAUAUUUUGGAACACUGAAUACCCAACCAAAAAUUCCAUUCGUUUAUGUCAUAUCGAAUUAGACGUCUUCAUUUCUUCUUUUUUUCCAUCACUUGUUUUUAGUCAACUUUCUUCUCGUUUUGUUGUAUUUAGAACGUUUUUUGUUUGAGUUUAGGAUUUAACAUAAGAGAAGGACAAGCAUGUGUUUUUUAUUUGAAAACCAACAAAAAACGGUUCUACAUAUAAUGUUUGAACUUUGAAAAUAGUCUAUUCUAUCAGAAAAUCGAUAUUUUUUGGAAUAUUUUGCCUAGAAACCAGAAUAAUUUACAUUCAACCUGUGAUCUUCGAAAAUAAUAAAUACAAAAUUGAAAACAAAUUUUUCAAUGUUGUGUUAGAGUGUUUUUAUUCGUUCUCACCUUGACCGAUGAUCUUUUUUGCAAAAUAUUCUUGUUUUUUGAAAAACAUACAUUGUUUGAUUUUCAAAUGUUUUUGACGGUAGAUAUUGUUUUUAUAUUAACAAAUAAUCUGCCAAAUUUUAAAAUAAGAUGUCUUCAAUUUUCAAAAAAUCCUGUUCUUGAAAAAUUGAAAAUUUUUACGUCACAAGUUCAGCUUCGAUCGAAAGUGAAAGUAUUCAGAUUUGUUCUUCUUUAAAAAUUGAACAGUUUUUGCGAUCUCUGUUUUUAAUCAAUUAACUAGGAAUAUUAUCAUGAUAAAAUGAAUUAUUAUUAUUAUGUCUAAAAACAUUGUUUUCUUUUUGAGGAAGUAGUAUUUCUUUCAUUUUAAAUAAGAACAAAACAAAAAAUCCAUAAAAUUAAGGAAACUCGGAAAGGAACGCUUUUUCAUUUUGUUCCCUUUCGAAUAUGUAAUUUCAAUUGUCAAGCACAUAAAUUUUGUGUUAUUUCCGCUUUUUCAAUAACCAACCACAUGCACAUAACAUAAAAAAGAAAACAAGCAAUAUUUUGUUUUUUUCUAGGCUCUUGAGAUUGGGUGAUCCCUUUCUUCAAAGUGUUUUUUCUAUUUGUUUCGAAUAUCUGUUUUUUGUCAAAAGCUAUCACUUCGAAUUUCGAGAAUUGAUGAGUAAUAAGUUUGUUUUAAAUUAGGAAAAACAAUUAUUUGCUCGUUUUGUUUUUCUUUUUCUCACCGAAUUAUUUUACGAAAAUUAUCGGUGAAUCAUUGUUUUCUUUUUGUUUAAAUAUGGAAAAACAUUCAUUUUUCUCAGUUUCACUUGAAUCAUUAGACUGAAAAAAUAAAGAAGAAAAAAGAGAACAAAUUCUCAUUUUUCAAAUGGCUAAUUGACUAAAUUGAGUUAGAUGAUCACGAGAGACAUAAUAUAAUUGUGCUCAUUCUUCGCGCACUCUUGCUCUUCCCUUUUUAAUCUUAUCAUUUGUUCUCAUUCAUUUUCUAUGUAUUCCAGUUUCUGUACUGGUUUAAAAAAAAAUUGGAGAAGUUUCGCAUUGAAUUCGUUUGAAAAUAUCAGAAAUUGUCAUUUUUGGAAAAUUUCGCGUUGAAAAUUGGCUUGUAGAAAAAUCUCAAUUUUUCAUAAUUUUAAAAGAUUUGAGAACGAAAUUUUUCUUUCACAACUAUCUGAAUGAUCGCAAAUAUAAUUUGAAAUUUUAUAAAUCUUCUUUCCCUUUUAAGGUUUCUAAAAUCAAACAAUCUUUGAUCAUCGAAUCCAAAUUACCUUUGUUUGUUUCGUCGAGUUUUAUAACAAGAAUAAUAUUUUUCCUGAUUUCGUUUUAUUAUUGAUAACUAGCAUCACAUGAAUUUCACAUUUUCUGAUUAAUCAAAACGAGGACAAUUUUAUUUUUAGAGUUUCUCAUUAUAUUUGGGUACUUUUUAUAUAAAUAGGUGUGAUCUAUAUAUUUUCUCAUUAUUAUUUCUAGCUCAAACUAUAUAUAAAGUUUUGUAGAUCAAAUAUUUUUUCACGCCAAAAACCACUUCUAUAUUCUGUUUCAACAUUCAGCUGUUUGAAAUAUGAAAAAACCGUUUUUCUUCGUACAAAAAAUGGCCGAAAGUUCACUUUUUCUCCAUUAUUUACUUAUUGGCUUUUGAAAAUUUUGUUUAUCUCGAAAGAUUAGUUUUUUUGUUGUGGAAAAUGAAUGAGCACAAAACCUCUUACUCUUUGAUAUAUUAAAAAGAUAUUUAUAAAUAAUAUAUAAUUCUGGAUACUUUACGAAAGAAGACGUAGCUAAAAGAAUAAUGAUCUUAUUUGAAUGAUCAUUCGCUUUUUUCUGCAUACAUUUAUUUUUGUCGCAGUUUUGGUCUCUUUUUGAUAUUUGCACAACAUAACAACAGUUAUUUAUUUAUACAUAAAUGCGCUUUUUUUUUCACUUUUUGUCAUGUCCAUUUUUCGACACAAAAAGCAAGUUGGAUGGAUUCAGUAAAUUAUGACCCAACUCAGCCGUUUGUGGGCGAAGCUUCUGAAGUGCUGAAUAUCAAAAAAUAUUCAAAGUGAAUUAUAUAUCAGAAUUAAGAAAACUUAUUUCAAGAGAAUUAUGAUACUGGUGUAUGUUCAUGUUGAUUUCCUGUUCGAAUGUCUUUUUUUUCUCGUUUUUUGCUCAUCUAUUGUCAUUCCGAAAAUAAAAGAACCCCCGUUUGAAUUGGCGCUCACGUACAGUAGACUAAAAAUGACGUGACACAUGCAUAUCAAACUGGUUGGCAAAUAGCCAGCGUGUAAAUUUCGCAUUUUAUUUUUCAAAUAGACUCCAAAAUUUCGCGAAGUCUACUGUAGUUUUGGUUUCCUAGGCCAUUUCGGUUCUCUUCCAAGGUUCUUUUUUUUUCGGAAGGACAAUAAUAUUUAUUCACGUGUGCAUUUUGUUUUAAUUGUUUAGUCUCUUCAGUUUGUUCAAUAAUCACUCAAGUUUACAUGAUCAUUUGAUCAUUUUUCUCCGUUCCUCUUGUUUUCCUUGAUCUUCAUAUAAUAUACAUCGAUUCAAUAUCAUUCACUUAUAACCAGAAGAAAAAGUGAGAUAUUGAUGACAUCAGAAGCACAAGAAUCAUACUGUUGAUGUGCUGCUCAUUUUUAUUUAAAACAAAUAAACCUGAUAGUGUUCUUCUGGGAACAACGGUGAAGAAGAAGAUGAAAAAGGAGGAGGAGGCGAAAAUCGAAAAGUCAAUAAUAAACGGACGGAAAAAAGAGGAGGAGAAAACAGAGGAAAACCGUUGAUUGUUAGUGGCACCAUUUUGUCUGACUUGCUCAAUUGAUCUUUGAAAAACCCUCUUGUCUUGUUUACAAUGGCAUUGUUCAAUGUUUUAAUGUUACUCAUAAAUAUACAAUUUUUAUUCCACGUGAUAUUGAAACUACAUUUUAUUUUCAUUUUUUUUCAAUCAUCAUUUCCGUUUUGAAAUGCUCUAAAUUCUUCAAAUUUUAUCAGUUGUAUCUGUAUGUAUUUUCUUCUUCUUUUUUUCGCCCCAUUCUUCUUUAUAUCAUAACAAAUUCUCAUUUUUUUCAAACUCUUCUCUAUCUCUUCUGUUUUUUUUUGAAACAUAAGUAGAAAAAUGUGUCACGAGGGUGAUGAUUUUACACACAAACUAGCACCAAUUGGUUGACCACAAUAAUAUUUUUCAAAGUCCAUUUUCUCAUGUAUUAUUUUUCCAGAAAUGCGACCAUUGGUUAAAAAACAAAUAUCAGUGAAUGAACAAGUGGCCAAAGAAAAAUUGGAAGGCGAAGAAAUUCGAGAAAAAGAAGAUGAUGAAGAUGAAGGAUUUGGAGAUUCGAUGAAAACAAUUAAAAGAGGACAAGGUUCGAUGUUAGCAAGAAGUGUUUCAUUGAAAUUGUCUGCUACACCGAAAAAACCAGAGAAAAGUAUUGCUGAAACUGAGGUUUGUUCAUUUUCAUUCAUUUUUCGUAAAUAAAGUACCAAAAAAUGUUCUCGAAAAAAUAUUUAUAAACGUGAAAAGUACACGUGUUAUGGGGUUGUCCACAUGUCUUCAUUUUGUUCAUUUUUCUUCGAACCAAAUGAUUUAUCAAGUUUGUUUAUUAAUUUUUCCAAUUCAGAAGAGAAUAUUAUUAAUUUUUCAGAAAGCUUCAUCAACAUCUGCAAUUCCAUCUUCUUCGGCUUCAUCUCAAAUUCUUCGUAAAUCUUCUUCAACAUUUCGUUUUCGUGUUUCCCCGUCAACUCUUUGUUUGAAAGUUGAUCCAUCAACAUCAGUUACACCAAUUACGCCAAAAGUACAAGAAACACCGAAAAAAUCAGUUCUGCGAUUGAUUCCCCGUGUUUUUACUCCAAAACCAGAAACCGGUGAAAUCAAUCGAAUCAAUAAAGUGCGAUUUGAUAGAUUAGAUGUUUAUUAUUUUGAAAGAAAUCAAGGAGAAGAUGGUAUUCCAGAAGAUAAAAUGGGAGUUGCACUUGGAAUGGAUGAUAAACAUCAUUCAAAAAGACAAUUUAUAUUGAAAUAUGAAGAUGGAAGACCAAAUUUAUCAUUAGAAUUGUGUCCUGAUGUAAGUUUAUUUUUGAAUUAUCUAUUUACUAAAUUGAUUUGUUUUGAAUAGUAAUUAUUCCAGGGAGAUUUAUCUGAUGGAGAAGUUGUUGCACCAGAUAGUGAUGAUGACGAUCAAGUAUGUCCAGAAAAAAAUACGACAAAUUUCAAUAAAAUGGAUUUGCAAGAGAGAAUUCGAAUAUUGUCGGAAAGUGGUGUUAAAAUUGUGCCUACACAAAAAACAAGACAUUCAUCCUUGAAGAAACCAAAAUGGGGUUGUAAUUGUAAAAAUGGAGAAUGUCAAACUGAAACUUGUGAAUGUUUGAAAGAAGGAAUUAAUUGUCAAAAAGAUGGAGAUGAUGUUCCAUGUGAAUGUGAUCCGAAAAAAUGUGGAAAUCCAAAUGGUAUUCUUGUUUAUGAUAUUGCAAAAGUACACGAAUAUCGUCUUCGAACUAUUAUGAAUUAUAAUGCAUCAAUUAAAGCUGGAAUUGAUGGAUCACCACAAAUAACCAAAUUUAUUGAUAGUGAUGAUGAAAAAGAAGAAGAAGAUGAUGAAAGAAAUAAUCCUGUAAAAUAUCCAGUUACUCCAAUAUAUUCUCGUAGAUCGAGAUCGAAUUUAUCAGAUAUUCGAGAAAAUUCGAGCGGUGAAUAUAAUAUUGGAGGAAUCGAUCGAUUUGAAGAAUUGAAAGAAUUAGAAAAUGAUGUUUGUGUUGAAGAAAAACAAAAUGAGGUAAGCGCAUUUUCAAGAAAUGGGUUUUCUAAAUGAAAAAUGUGUAAUUUCAGCAAAUUGAUGAGGUAUUGUGCCCAUCAUCUUCUUCAUCUUCAUCUUUAGCUUCAUCUCAAGAAAAUUUGGGUGAAAUUGAAAAUGCACCGAUUAUUGAACAAUUACCGAAUCUCGUAGUUUCACAAUAG